AUUGUGCGGUAGCACUGUCCACACUUCCUGACUUCACUGUCGUUGUUGUUCUCUGAGCGAUGGAGGACAGUCCUCUACAGGUGCUGCACCUGGAAACCGAGCCUUAUCCCGACCAGAGACCCAGCGGCGGCGGCCUCAGGAAGAACGUCCGUGUUUUUCAGUGUAAGAGAAACUACCUACAAAACUUCAUCCAGAGUAUCUUCUCCUCCAUUGACCUGCGAGAGCGCCAAGGCUGCACCAUGGUGGUGGGAGGAGACGGACGUUACUUCAACACUGCCGCCAUCCAGGUCGUAGUGCAGAUGGCGGCGGCUAAUGGGGUAGGCCGCCUGGUGAUCGGUCAGAAUGGCAUCAUGUCCACACCGGCUGUGUCGAGUGUCAUCAGGAAAUUCAAAGCGAUCGGUGGAUUUGUUCUCACCGCCAGUCACAACCCAGGAGGACCAGAUGGAGAAUUUGGCAUCAAGUUCAACAUUGCUAAUGGAGGUCCUGCACCCUCCGCUGUGACGGAUAAAAUCUUCCAGAUAAGCAGAGGUAUAGAGGAGUACGCCAUCUGCCCUGAACUCACGGUGGAUCUGACCACGCUUGGCAAGCAGACUUUCGACCUGGAGAAUAAAUUCAAACCCUUUACAGUUGAGAUUGUGGACCCGGUGGAAUCCUACGCCAACAUGCUGAGGAACAUCUUUGACUUUGCAGCACUGAAGGAGCUUCUGUCAGGCCAGAAUCACAUACGCAUCCGGUUAGACGCCAUGCACGGAGUGGCUGGCCCAUAUGUGAAAAAGAUCCUGUGUGAGGAACUGGGUUCUCCUGCCAACUCGGCCAUUAACUGUGUCCCUCAGGAGGACUUCGGCGGUCGGCUUCCAGAUCCGAACCUGACCAACGCUGCAGAUCUGCUGGAGACCAUGAAGAGCGGCCAGUUUGACUUUGGAGCUGCGUUUGAUGGUGACGGUGACCGUAACAUGAUCUUGGGGAAAAACGGCUUUUUCGUUAACCCCUCAGAUUCAGUUGCUGUUAUCGCAGCAAACAUCUUCUGCAUCCCUUACUUUCAGCACAUGGGAGUGAGAGGCUUCGCCAGGACAAUGUCCAGCAGUGCAGCGCUCGACAAAUGUAGUUUCGAUGGAGGUCAGAGUUGUAACAUAGCACUGGUUUAUUGCAGUGUGGCUAAAGCUACCAAGAUUCAGCUGUAUGAAACUCCAGCUGGUUGGAAGUUUUUCGGAAAGCUGAUGGACGCUGGACGCCUUUCACUGUAUGGAGAGGAGAACUUCGGCACAGGGGCGGAUCAUAUCCGUGAGAAGGACGGGCUUUGGGCCGUCCUCGCCUGGCUCUCCAUUCUCGCUUUUAGAAAACAGAGUGUUGAGGAAGUCAUGAUAGAUCACUGGAAAACCUACGGCAGGAACUACUACACCAGGUACGACUACGAGGACGUGGAGAUUGACAUCGCAGUGGACCUGAUGCUGGAUCUGGAGGUGAUCAUUACAGACAAGGCCUUCGUAGGACAGAAGUUCACAGUGGGAGAGAAAACCUACGAAGUGGAGAAAGCAGAUAACUUUGAGUACAACGACCCUGUAGAUGGCAGCGUCACACGGAACCAGGGCCUGCGGAUUAUUUUUCAGGGUGGCUCUCGCAUCGUUUUCCGUCUGAGUGGAACGGCGUCCGGUGCCACCAUACACCUCUACAUCGACCGCUACGAGAAAGAUGAAAAUCAGAUAUUACAGGAUCCACAGGUGAAGUUGGCCGACUUGCUGAACAUCGCGCUGAAGUUGUCUCAGCUGUGUGAGAGGACGGGGAGAACCGCUCCUAACCUCAUUACAUCAUGAUAUAUUUGUGUGUGGGGGUUUUUUAUUUUGUCUAAGUUUUUUUUUUUUGUAAUAAAAAUCGCUUUUUGAAAAAUAAUGGCGUCUUGUCAUUUGUGCGCGCGCGCGCCUGUGUGCGCUGUCUACGGUUGCUAGGUAACGGGUAAAAAAAGCACGCCGUCUCGCGCCUGGUCAAAACAUUACGUCAAAAUGGUCCUGUACAGAAUUGACUUUGAAGAGUAUCUCAGCGAAUGGGUUCAGAUCGCCACCACAAGAGCUGGACAUUUGAUGGGGAAAGAAUUGCUGGAUGACCUGAUCCAGGGUCCAGUGAGGUCUGCAGCCCAUGAUGGCGUCCCAGGCACUGAAACCCACAAGUUUGUUGAAGAACUACACAAAAUGUUUAAAGACAUCACGUACGACCCAAGGCCGAGGAAGCGUUCAAGGACACGGCAGAGCAGACUGACUCGAGUCGAGGAAAUGAGACGGAUCUACCUGCUCUGUAAAACUCCAGACUCGGAGGUUCCUCCGCUUCCGGCACUGACGGAAUCCGUCCACAGUGCAGAGAGAGGAGAACUCUGGGAAAGUGAAGUGGACAAGCUGGUGGAGUGGACACACUCUCUGUCCUUGGAGGAACUGGACAGACUGUAACUCAGACUCCAUGUAAAAGAAGAUAUCGUAAUAACAGAGACGUGAAGCUUUAUGAACACCGAGCGCACCGCAUCAGAAAAAAGAACAGGAAGCAGAUGAAAUAAAAAGAGUAGAAUUUUAUUAAUGUUUGAAUGAAUGUGACAAAGACGUCCAAAACAAAGCAGCAAACUGAAACAUCAUGGCUGAUUAUUAUAAUGUCCAGAUCCCUUGCUUUUCCCUGCUCUGUGAAGGUUCUGUGCAAAGUGCCGAGGAUUACAUGAUACAGGUUUGGAAUAGAUCUACAUAAAACAUAUUAAAAAAUAGAGAUUUAAAGGCAGAAUGGAGAUGGUGGUAAAGGAAGCUGGAUUCUGCCACAUAGGAGAAAGUAUUUCAGUUCAUCUUCUCACACCGUGACGUGAUCUUGCUCCUCAACCACAUGAUCGGUUUCUGUAGAAUAUUUGGGGGCGGAGUCCAGCUUCCACAGCAGAGAGUGAGAUGAGCGUUUAGCGUAAAGCUGCCACGUGGCAAUAAUGGAUUCUACACCAACGAGCACAGGACAAACGUUUAUGGCAUGGACACGACCAAGCAGAUCUUGUAUUUUAGGUCACGCCUUUCUACCAAAACUCAGAUCUAAGUAUCUGACACUAUCUGUUUUGUAUUGUGUAAGGCUUCGUCACAGAUUUUUUUCCUAGUGGGCAGAGUCAGUGUGAAUGGAUUCAUAAUCACCAGAUGCAUCAAAGGUAAAAUACUCUGACCAAAAUCAUUCUCUCUCCAAAUGAUCUCUGUAUUCACAAAUUUUCUUUCUCCUGCGAACGCCGAGAGCACUUUCUACAUUUCCACUAUAAACACAAGCUGAUCGGUCACCUGCGACACGUCCCAACAUCCGCACACACUACCUGUAGGUCCAAGUCAUCUAUUUAGACAGAAACCAGACAAAGGACCGAUAAAGCGGCUAAUUUCAGACCAGGUUGUGUUUAGAAACUCGGAGAUGAUCUGCUUCCUCGUCUUCGUACGGAAUUAGGAUUUGAAAUCUAAUAAAUCUUAGUGAUCCUGACGUGACAUGUGCUGUAGAUAAACUGCAAUCAAAACAUUUUCGCCGAAGCCGGUUUAUAAAUUAAAAUCAUUUCGGGGUUUUCUCCAAAGACACGCCCCUUAAACACGCCCAAAUACUGUUUAAACAAUAGUGCAGGAGGCGGGGCUGUCUUGGUCCUGACCUGGUCAGUGGUUCACAUGAGUGUUUUAUGAAAUUUUAUAAAAACAUCUAGCAUUA